AUGAAAAACCCAGAAGAAAAUUUAAAUAAUUCCAAAAACAUGGUUGGAAAAUUAAAAAAUGAUGUUAUAGAUGAGGUUGUGACUGAAAUUUCCACUUUAUUAUCGUUUGAAAACUCACAAACUGAAGAAUUAGAUUCAUCAAAUAGUAAUCAUGUUAAAUAUAUUCCAAUUUUAAAUAAACCGGUUUUAGGUGAUGUAUGGAAUGUAUAUGUGUCAAAUAUAAAUUCAUUAAAAUAUUUUCAUGUACAGAACAUGAACAACUAUGAAUAUAUUCAAUCAAUCAGUUCAAAAUUGAAUAAAUAUGAUUCAACGUCAAAGAAGCUUCCAAAAGUAGGACAUUUAAUUGCUGCUCGCCAUCACAAUGGUACAUGGUAUAGAGCAAAAGUUCAAAGCAUAACUGAAUUGGGACUGAUUGUAUGCUAUAUUGAUUUUGGGGUUUCCAAAGUACUAAUUACAGCUUAUAAAGAUUUACCAAAAGAACUUGCCAGCAUAAAACCAAUGGCUUAUCAUUGUUAUUUUAAGAGUGUAUCAAAAGAAGAUGAAAAUAAAUUAUCAGUUCUAGAUUUAUUUGAUUCUAUUUAUAAAUACUACUGUUCUUAUAAAAUAACAGCCACUUUUUUAAGCAAUAAUGAUCCAUAUUUAGUUACAUUAUCACAUAACGGUAAAGAUGUUCAGGAUAUUUUAUACGAUUUAAUUUGGGAUGGUAUUGCUCCUAGUAUAUCUGAUGAUCCAAUAAAUCAUGCAAAACUUAUAAUGCUGAAUAAAAUGUUUUCAAGUUCUAAGACAGGGGUUGUCCUCGUGGAACCCAGUUUUUCCAAAAAUCAUUUUUAUGUUGAAACCGAAUUUAGUUAUCAAAUUGGCAAAACUAUUAUAACUGAAAUCGAAAGUCAGACAAAAUGGAUUCCGGUAUUACAUCCUGAAGAGGGUCAAAUAGUGAUUGCUAAAAAUACCAAUGAUUUAAAAUUAUAUCGGGCAAGGGUUAUAAAGAAAUAUGAAGAUUCUGAAGAGCAUAAAUGUUUUUUAAUCGAUUGCGCGGUGUUUGAAAACUGUUUUGAAAUGUUUGAACCUACUGUUUAUCUACGAACAGCACCUCCAGUCAAAAUACACUGUUCUUUAGAUAUAUCCAUUAAUUUUAGCGGUGAUAUACUAGAAAGCAUGAAUCUUGCUUUUAUUAAUGAAAUAGCCGAAAGCAAGGGCAAAUCAAAAUUCAUAAAAAUUAAAAAAAUUGGAAAUCCUUGUAUAAUAGACUUGGAGAUCAGUGGUUUAAAUAUCAUUCAAGUUAUAAAACCUUGCGAAGUGAGAGUGAUCAAUGAUAAACAUUUUAAUUCUUUUAAAGUUCGGUUGAAUUCAUCCGGAACAAAAAAAAUCUCAGAUGUUCUAAAAUCUACUAAAAAUUUUUUUCCUAUUUCCAACCCAGAAUUUUUCCAACUAUAUGUUACUAAAAUUGACCAACAAUACAAGAGAGUAAAAUAUAUGGGUCAAUUUGAAGAAGGAUUUAAAGUCAUGUUAGUAGAUGAAGUACCUACUAAAAUAAUAGUCUAUGAACUAUAUGCAAUUCCUAAAUCAAUAAUAAAUGUGAAAACUACAGAUUUGUAUUGUUCUCUAGGACUAAAUAUAACCGACUAUUCUAACAAAUUGUUUAUUGACAUUUGUAAUAAUGGCAACGUCAAAUUUAAAAUGGUUGUCAUUACAAAUGAUCAUAUAAAUAGUCAUAUUGUUAAACUUUUUUUAAAUUCCAAAGAUAUAACACCAAUGAUUUGUAACCAACCUUCAUAA